AAACAUUGUUAUUUGUUAUUACACAAAAUUACAAAUGUUUAUUAAUUUAUAUUAAUAUUGUUAAUGUCUUUAUAUUUAUAAACGUAUAAAUAAUAAACCAUUUGAACAAACAAAUAUUGAAUUAAUAAUAUUAUUAUAAUGCCGACUAAAAAUGCGUGUGUUUUAUGUCUACGGUCUGUUUAUAAAAAUCCAGGAUUAUCUUUAUUUGGAUUUCCUAAAGAUCCAAAACGUCUUAAGAUCUGGCUUAUGAAAUGUGGAUUGAUCGAAGACGAUGUUCAGUCAAACCGAAAAUUAUGUUCAUUUCACUUUGCAGAAACUGAUUUUCGUAAAUGUGUUAAGAAGAGGUUAUUAAAAUAUGAUGCAAUACCAACAAUUUUUGAUGAGGAUCAUCUAUGUCAUGAGACUCCAUCUACGUCUUUUGAAGAAAAUGUAUCUAAAGACUUACAACAGAUUGAUUUGCCUGAAAUUUGUUUAACAGAAGAUAAAGAAAUAUCUAUUAUGUCAAAAGAACCUUGUGAAGUAAAUAAUAUCAAUCAAGCUAAUACACCAACAAAACUUGGAGACAGUGAUGUUAUGUCAGUAUUAGAAACUCCAAAAAAUUUGAAAAGAAAAUGUUAUGUUGGUGAUAUUAAGUCACCUGAUUUAGCAACUCCCAAGAGAGCAAAAAGAUCUUUUAAUAAAGCCAGAUUACAAAUUAUUUCCCAAAGGAAAAAAAUCAUUGGACUUCAUCAAACUGUUAGGAGAUUAAGAAAAAAAUUGACAUCAUUGGAAAAAUUAAUUGAACACCUUAAGAGUAUUAAUCUGAUUAGCGAACAGGCUCAUGACGAUAUUUUGGUAUUUAUAUGUGAAAUAUGAUCAUUGUUGUGCAUGUAUAUAUUUAUUUGUUAAUUAUAAACCAAAAGUUUUGAACAUAUUUUUGUAGAAAGUGGUUUAGUAAUUGUAUAAUUAUUUUUAUAAUAUUAUGUAAUAGAUUUGUAUAAGUGUAUUUUUGUAACCCAUAACAACACUAAAUAUUAUAACUAACAAUUUAAGAAAGGUUACUCAUUAUUGAUUUAUAUAGGCAGGAAUAAAUGGAUUCAGUUAGACGGCUAUAUUUUUAAUACAACAGCAAAUGUAUUAAAAUAAAUUGUAAAUAUAUAUAUAAUAUAAUAUGAAAAUUAUUGGGAUAUUUGUAUAUUUUGUGGAACUAAUGAUUUCCGCCUAUGAUUUGUAUGAUUGUAAAAUGUUUAUAUAUUUUGUAUGUAUUUUUGUAUUAUGCUUAAUUAGUUAAUAGGCCAUGGUGAUAUUCUGGUAUGUUAUAUGUGAUCUAAUAUGACUAUUGUUAUGCAUGCAUACUUCCAUUUUUGUCUGGUAGUUAUUUCUUUUAAAAUAAAUCAUCAGUAGUAUUA